CGUGAUGACUGGAAGAGGAAGAGGGGGGCCACCCAUGCGGGGAAGAUGGAGAGGACCACAAGGAGCCCCGAGGAGGCCCCCUCAAGGACAAUACCAGCGGAUGCCCCAGGCGGGUCCAGACAUGGGACAACAGCAGCUGAGGCUGCAGUGUUGGGGAUGUGGACAAGUCGGACACAUGCAAAGAGACUGCCCAACCAACCCAUGGAUGGGACCCCAGCACCCUGCCACGGGACCUGCCAACGGUGGAGCAGGGCCAGAAUCGUACUGGCAAUAGGGGUGCCCAGAGAAACCUGAAAGAGAGGCCAUUCUACCUGUAUUAACACAACGCCCACAAACGGAACCCACAAUUGAUGUCACAAUAUACGACAGCCAUCAUCAAUUCAUGAUUGAUACAGGUGCUGCAUACUCGUGCAUAGGUAAAAGUGGUAUUAACCUGCCUCUCUCAGCAUCAAAGAUUCGAACAGUAGGUUUCUCUGGGAAGACCCAAAUAAUACCCAUGACUGAGCCAGUUCCCAUGAUUAUAGGAGAAAAGACUGUGUAUGCACCACUACUUUAUUCAGCAGAUACGCCAAUUAAUCUGCUGGGCAGAGAUGUGUUAUGCCAACUCAACGCAAAGAUUAAAUGCACUCCAAAUGGAAUUUAUUUUGAAGCAACUGACAACAGUGAAGCCUUCAUGAUGCCACUGGGCCCACAGAUGACCCCACAAGUGACAAAUCAUGACCCCGAAGACCAAGUAUUUUGGAUGAAACUCACGUCACCUACUUCUUUCCUCCAAUUGGAGUGGGAAACAUGGAGACCUCUGAUAAUGAACCACUACGACAAGUCCAAAGAGCCCUUCCUCCCUCUCCAUUGCACCAUGUUUUAUGACAAAGGACAGAAACAUGAAGACUACGAGAAGAGCUGGGAUGAAGAAAUUAACAACAAAACAACUGUCAUCCAAUAUGCUGACAUAAUGGUUGGGCCACAAGGAGCCGCAGCCGUUGUCAAGUUUCCUGAAAAAGACAUUGCUGAAUGGUUCCAGGUCACUGACUCAGCGCCGCAUGUCACAUUGCUGAUUGCUGACAAGUACGAGUCACAUGACCUGGGUCCCAUGAUUCAAGAAGCCAAGAAAGUCACAGAAUGGAUUGAUACGGCGUGGAACCGGAUCAGUGUAUCAAAAGAUGGACUAUUCUUCAAGAUCUCAUUUUCACGAGCAGAUGAAGUAAUAGCAGAACACAUCAAAGUGCCUGGGAAAAGACAAAUGGCGGUGACUGAAGAGCAUGCAUCACUAUUAGAACAAGUUCCUGAGCAGGUGAAAGCAGCUCACAACCGAGACGAGACACGUAUCCCAGUGGACGUCAGAGACGUCCAAGUCGGUGACAAAGUGUUCAUACGAGUGUUUAAACGUCAGUGGAACGAACCUCGUAGGGAAGGGCCUUUUAAAGUUGUUCUUACCACUCCCACUGCCCUAAAAGUUGAAGGUAAGCCCUUCUGGUUCCAUAAAAACCACUGCACACGUCAUCGUCCACCAGACCCACCUGGCCUUGAUCCAGGACCGACGGGCUCUGUGCAUGCUGAAAGGGCAGCAGCAAGUCUCCCUCCGCAUAACACCAUAGCACAUUCACAGGCGUCUGAUGUCGUACCUGGGGCGAGCGCUGAUGCAUCCUCACCCCCGUCAUCGUCUGAUGGCCAGAGACGAUCAGCCCGUUUGGCAGCCCGACG